GUAUAUGAAGACCUGAGGUAUAAGCUCUCCCUGGAGUUCCCCAGUGGCUACCCUUACAACGCACCCACGGUGAAAUUCCUCACGCCUUGCUACCAUCCCAACGUGGACACCCAGGGGAACAUCUGCCUGGACAUCCUCAAAGACAAGUGGUCGGCCCUGUAUGACGUCAGGACCAUCCUGCUGUCUAUCCAGAGCCUACUAGGAGAGCCCAACAUCGAAAGCCCUUUGAACACACAUGCUGCCGAGCUCUGGAAAAACCCCACAGCUUUUAAGAAGUACCUUCAAGAAACCUACUCAAAACAAGUCUCCAGCCAAGAGCCUUGACCUGAGCUGUCCAGUUUCUCCUGUGUUGUCUGUUUUUUCCUUAGUCUACCUGUCCUUUUCCUUGACUUCUGUACAGGACUCUGUUAUCUUGAGCUGUGGUGUUGUUUUUGUUAUGUUUUCUGUUUUUUAAAUUAAGAUUUAAGUCCUUGCAAUGUAUAUUAAAUAAAUAACA